AUGUUCACUGUGGAUGAGAUUGAACUCCUCGAUAGUGUUUUAUUAGAUAGGAAGAUAGAGUCUUACCCCUCUUCAUCACCAAUAUGGUUUGUAGAAUCAGAUGACCCCAACCUGACUUCGGUCUUGGAGCGUUUAGAAGAUAUUAAGAAGAGCAAUACUCUGCUUCUUCAACAGCUGAAGCGAUUAAUAUGUGACCUCUGCAGAUUAUAUAAUCUUCCUCAGCAUCCAGAUGUUGAAAUGUUAGAUCAGCCAUUGCCAGCUGGACAGAAUGGAACAACAGAAGAAGUUACCUCAGAAGAGGAGGAAGAAGAAGAUAUGGGUGAAGACAUUGAAGAUCUGGAUCACUAUGAUAUGAAGGAAGAAGAACCAGUCGAUGGGAAGAAAUCUGAGGAUGAAGGCAUUGAAAAGGAGAACCUUGAAAUCUUAGAAAAAAUCAGAAAAAAUCAACGGCAAGAUCACUUAAAUGGUGCAGUCUCUGGGUCCGUUCAGGCUUCAGAUCGACUUAUGAAAGAACUCAGGGAUAUAUAUAGAUCACAGAGUUAUAAAACAGGGAUUUAUUCAGUAGAACUGGUGAAUGACAGCUUGUAUGAGUGGCACGUUAAGCUUUUAAAAGUUGAUCCUGACAGCCCAUUGCAUAGUGAUCUUCAGGUCUUAAAAGAAAAAGAAGGUGUAGAAUACAUCUUACUCAACUUCUCUUUUAAGGAUAACUUCCCUUUUGAUCCUCCCUUUGUGCGAGUGGUAUCUCCUGUGCUCACAGGAGGGUACGUGCUAGGUGGAGGUGCGUUAUGUAUGGAACUUCUUACCAAACAGGGCUGGAGCAGUGCCUAUUCAAUAGAGUCGGUCAUCAUGCAGAUCAAUGCCACUUUAGUCAAAGGAAAAGCCAGAGUACAGUUUGGAGCCAACAAGAAUCAAUAUAAUCUAGCAAGAGCACAGCAGUCCUAUAAGUCACUAGUACAAAUACAUGAGAAAAAUGGCUGGUACACUCCUCCAAAGGAAGAUGGUUAAUGCUGAGGACUGCCGCACACCUGGACCAACACCAACAACGCGAGCUAUUUUUUAUGUUUUCCAACACACAGACUCAAGCUAUGAGUGCCCCUAUAACAGCCGUACUGAAGACUUUAGCUCUUAGAUAAGUUAGUGGAUAAUCUGUCAACUGACACUUAAAGUAUAAGUUACAGCCUUACCAUUCCGCUCUUCUUAGAUAUCUUGGACUGAGCAGUUUUGGCCUUUACUGUAUUUGUUCUUAUGGAUUAAGCAUAUUUGGGCCAACCCUUCCCUUCCCUCCUUUUUAUUUAAAAGUGUAAACUCCCUAAAGCAGGCUAUUGACUUACUAAAGUUCAUUAAAUAGGAGUUGUUCACACACUUUUGUGUAUUUCUUACCUUUUGCAGGAUGCAGACUGCAAAGACUUGCAUUGUAUCGUUUCAUUUAAAGCCAAGAAGUUUAAUACAUUGUUUAAUACUAUUUUAGGAAAUGUCAGGUCUUGCAAAUCACGGUAGUUUUUCUGGUCUAAAAUGACAGCAUUUGUAGUAUUUCCAAAUUAAUGAUAUAGGAAAAACACGUGUAUGUUAAGUCAUUAAACAUUUUUUCAUGGCUGUAUGAGAAUAUGAACUGUUUCUUGGAGAAGAUGCUCUUUGUUUAGAUUAUGGGGUUUUUUUUUGUUUUGUUUUUAAGCAGAGCAAGGCUGUGCCAAUAAAACCUUGUAACUAGUCACUUCCACUGGGGCAUCAGAACUUGCUGGGCUGUUCCUGCUGCUGCUCGGCUCAACUGACUCGCCGAGAGCCGCAGUAUGAAGCUUGAAGUUAUUUAAAAUGCUAAAAAGCCUUUUUAGGUGUUCCAUUUUUAUUAACGGGUUGUUGCAAUCAUUUGUAAACUAAUGAACUUCUAAAGUGAUUGGCACAAAUUGAGGUGAAAGUCCUUGAAUGAAAAGGUUUUUUUAGAUAAAAAGCUACAAUAAAGUACAAAAAUGCAUCAUCUGCUUCAGAGAUUUAAGGAAUGUUGCCAUAGUCGUGAGAGUGGUUUUGCCAUGGAGAGACUAAUGGGAACUGCUGUUUCUUUACUAGGAAAUGAACCUGGGUCUGUGCAACCACGCUGUUCAUUGCCUUAGGAGCGUGGAUCUGUUCGCCUGCAGCCCUCGGUGUUGCCUUGCAGGGUGCACACCAUGGCUGAAAUGCUUCUCGAGGCCCAGGAACACGUUUUUGUUAGGUUCUUUUUAGUUGAUCAUCAAAAUUGUGCUGUUUUCUCUUAUCA